CGGCGGCCCCGGUUCCGGUUCCGGUCUCGGGGCGGCCCCGGGGGCUCGGGGGGCUCAGAGGGGCUCGGGGUGUCCCGAGAGGUCCCGGCGGGACCGCGGAGCCGCCAUGGCCGGGAGCCGCACGCAGAGGAUCGGCAGCGUGUUCAGCCGGACGCGGGACCUGCUGCGCAUCGGGAUCAUCAAGAAGCCGCUGUGGUUCGACGUGUACGCGGCGUUCCCGCCGCUGCGGGAGCCCGUGCACCGCGCGGUGCGGCCGCGCUACGGGCGGAGCGUGGACCCGGUCGCGCCCGUGUUCUACCGCGAGGAUGAAGUGCGGGCGAGAUUUUACAGAGUUUAUGGCAGUGGUCCAAGGCCUUUCGACCUGACACAGUUAAACUUCAAAUCUACCUGCCAGAGGUUUGUUGAGAAAUACAAUGAGCUGAAGGAAGAAGGGAAAAUUGAAGAGGAGAAAUUGUUUGAAGAAACAGGAAAAGCCCUUUUAGCCAGUGGGAUCAUUUUACAGAGAAGAGCAACAGAUAAAGUGGCACAGCAGGAGCACCAGGGAUCUGCGGGAACCAGGGAUCCUGCCUUACACCAGCAGCUCCAAACUGUGCUGGAGGAGCUGCAGGAGAAGAGGAAGGAUGGAGAGGAGCAGACACCAGAGCUGGCAGGGACACAGAGGGAGAAUCCCCCUCCCUCAUGACAGCUCUGCUGCCCUGGACUCUGCUGCCUGUGCCCUGGCUGUCACCUGCCAGGAUCCAGCCUCCCCACCUGGCACUCUAAGACAUUUCCUUGGGGGGAAUCCAGCUCUGGUGCCCCCCAGACUCAUGAGUGUGGCACAUUUUCCUCCAUCCUUCUCCUCAGGGAUGAAAUUGGAGAUAAUGAUAAUUUUUUUUUAAGGUUCAAGGCUGUUAUCUCAAAGUGUGAGUUGGAAAAUAAGAGCGGAAAAUAAACCAUUUUCUUUCAAAGCUGGA